CGCGGCAUUUGGAGAUUGGCUCGUGGAGGAGAAUAGCAGGGCUGGCUUUGAUAUUGGCAGGACGGGGUGCUGUUUUGCCUCCUAGGGGACGAAGAUGACCACUCUAUCGUUCUCGCUCGCCCCGAAGGCGAUAUAUCAGCUACACGAUGCGCUGAUGUGUCUGUCCAAGUUCGACGAUAGCGUGGCCAUUGAAGCUGAAUUCGAUCUGCUUCGCCUCAGCGUGCUCAAUUCAACCAAGACGGCAUACUCCGCGUUUGCCUUCGAAGCAGACAGCUUCUUCGAGAGUUAUUCUUUUGGUGUAGCAAUGGGAGGGAGCUCUUCGAGGACCACCAAUCCGAAUAAAUUUAGCUGUCAGGUGUUGAUCAAGGCUCUCGUUUCGGCCUUCAAGGGAAGAACAAGCGGCCGUGACAAGGACACCUCUGUGGAGCGCUGUGAGGUUGAACUCCAAGAGAGCCCCGAGGAUGUGGAAUGCAGGCUCAUCAUCAGGAUGAUCUGUGGACUGGGCGUUAUCAAGCUCUACAAGCUUGCUUACGAAUCCAUCUAUGUGCAACACGCCACAUUUGACCGAUCCAAGUCCACCAACACGUGGUGCAUCGACCCGAAGUACCUGAAAGAGAUCACCGAUCAUUUCGGGCCGUCCGCGGAGCAACUGGAUGUCUUCUCCGACCAUGGCAAGGUCGUCUUCACCAGUUUUACCACGAAGAUCUCAGACGGGAAAGAGAUCCUUCGGCAACCGGUGCACACUUCAGUGGCCAUUGACAAGACAGACUUCGAUUACUAUUUGGCAGAAGACCGCCUUCAUGUGGUUAUUUACCUCAAGGAUUUCAAGGCGGCGAUCGCACAUGCUGACACAGUCGAUUCAAUGAUCACAGCCAGAUUUACUCGUCCGUGUCGGCCCCUGCAGUUUGCGUACGAGUUCGAGGGCGUGAGGGCCGAGUACACCUUGAUGACCAGAGGCGAAGCACCCAUGGACGGUACCCCGAGUUCCUCAAGAGCAGUCGCACCCCAGCUCUCUGCACGACAGACCCCUGCUCCCGUCCAGGCAAGCCAGAGGAACACGGCGCCAGACACGAGGCAAAUGCCCCCCCCUCCCCGGAGUCGGUCUGUACGUCCUCUCACAGGGUCUACUCGGGCCUCACAAUCAAACGCGGAGUCUGGGUCUCACGCAGAGUCUCACGCAGAGUCUCACACGGAGGCUCACACGGAAUCUCAAAGACCGCCUCAGCCGUCGAUGGAAUUCGACAGUUUGUUUGUCCCCGCGGACGAUGACAGGCAGUGGGACGUGCCGAACGAGGAGGACGAGGCACCGGCUGAAGACGAACUGGGAUGGGACGCCACCGGCGAACAGACAAGCAUGGGCCCUGGGCUACGAGACACCGAACCCGGUCUGGCAGAAACCAGCCACGAGGAAGAAGAGAUGCGCAUCCCCCCUACCCAGCGCAUGUCCCAGCUGCACGGUCUGGGCCUCUUCGACUGAAGCCAUUCCACCCCGAUCCCGAUCCCAUCACCGAGUGACAAUCCAACUCGUGGCACAACCCGCGCCAACACCCACGACCACCGCCUGUUCCCCCCCGGGCAAAGGAAUCGGUGUGCACACACCAUCCACAUUCCCCCUCUCAUCCGUGACCGGUCCACAAUUGCCAUGCUCGCCCCAACCAAAAGCCAUCACCGUGCGUCCAUCAAUCAGCACAAGAACAUGCUCACUCCCCACCGCCAACCCCCUCACCACCCCCAUACCAGGGGGCGGGAGCUGUCCACGAUCAUUCCUCCCCCAAGCCACGACCCCGCCAUGC